UAACUUUUCAAAACACUCCAUUAUAUCAGGACGAAGUCUAACAUUGAAUGCGCAUUUUGUACCAUUUAUUCCAUCAGCGUUGUCUGAGAGACCUUGAAGAGCGUAACUGCAUCAUCGCUUAAAAUGAUUGCGAGCAAGCCUGCGACGUGGCUCGCAUUUCGCGAUGUCGUGCAUUCCUCAUUGAUGCGAGCAGUGGCGCCUUCCGCAUCAGUGCACAACUUCCACCUCCAUUCGCUACGAUCUCGUGGCUCACUUCCACCACGGUCUUCAGUGACCAGACAUUUCCAUAACAUCGUUCCGCGCAGCAAUACACAGAAAGGCAGCCUAGACAAUGAUGGCCCGACUGCCGCGAGAGAGUCCGUCGACCGCGGUGGGAAUCGCAACAAACGUAAACCGAGCAAUAAGCGGCCGCUGGACUCAGGGACAUCUUUACGAAAAGUAGCAGUACAGGCGCAAUUUUCGCGCCAAAGUCUCAUCAAGGGUAGCGGGAAGUUACAGUACAUCGAUCCGGAUGUGCCAACAAAGGACAUCACCGCGUAUUGCGCGGCCGACAUAUACGAUCUUCGACUUGCGCGCGGAGAGCUAGAAAGAGAAGGAUAUCAACUUGAUCCAGUGCGUACAGGCCUUGGUGAUCAAGUGCUGCAUUUCCAGACGCCCAACUAUCUGACGCGGCAUGAAGAGACCGGAGAAGAGAAGGCACAGGGUGCAGGUGAUGUCUUCGUGUUUCCGUCAGGAUGCGUGGUGACAUGGAACGUUCCCGAUCACCUGUCACGUACCAUCGUUACACGAUUUCUACCAUCAGCAGCAGGUCGAACAGGCCAUUUGGAGCGUAUGGAAGCGGAAGACAUGGAAUACAUUGAGGACGAACGCAUGGAGAAGAGUCAGGUGAUAGGGGACACCAUUCUGCUAGGAACCAAGCAGACCUCAAAUUCGUCAGAGGACGGCGCUCGAAACAAGGCUGCCAUUGAUAUUGCGACCGGCGGAAUGGAGCAAACUCGAGAACCUGGCGCUGAUAUUGAUACGAUCUUGACAAAGAUUGCAUUCUCUUCAGCUCUGGCGCGAAGCACGAAGCUUGCCGUGUUAGAGGAGAGUCUCAGUGCAUACUUUAUAUCAACACGAAGCAUUCCAUCGACGCUCUCAACAGGUCGACCGAUUCGCAUCACUCGAAGGCACAUCCUUCGCAAAACAGGCGAAUUGCUGUCGAUUCGGGCGCAGUUGAAUCUCUAUUCAGAAUUGACCGACUCGUUGCCAGACCUCUUCUGGGACAGUCGACAUGAGUUAGGUCUUGAGGGCUACUACGACAUUCUCGGCAGAUCCCUCGAUGUGGGCGUAAGGAUCAAAGUACUCAAUGAGAAAAUGGACUACGCAGGAGAGAUCGCGGCGGUCUUACGAGAGCGACUGAGCGAGAAGCACUCGGCUAUGCUCGAGUGGAUGAUCAUCGGCCUUAUUUGUAUUGAGGUAGGCUUUGGAAUCGUACAUCUCGUCCGUGAGAAGACGGAGAUGGAGGAGAUGAGGCGCACGCGCGAGUUGGCGGAGCAAUGGUUGGAAAGGCAGCUGAUGUCCGACCUGGACAAGAAGUGAUAGAUAGAAAUGACGACAGGAAUCCAGAUGACAAUGUUGGGUAAUUCUGAAGCAAAGAAUCAUCAUAGCUAUCAGUCUACAGUAUUCGAUAUAGUGACAGCUAUUGUUUCGAGAGUUGCGCG